UGACGAUGUCCAGGUUUACUCCUCUAUUUUCCGCUACGCCCUUGUUGGCACCUUUCCUAAAGGCCGACCACCAAUCUCUUCGAUUCGCAAGGCCUUUGAGGCAUUAGGGUUUUCCGAACCCUACACCAUCGGCCUUCUCCAACCUCACAUUAUUUUGAUAAAUUUCAAAUCAGAUAUUGAUUUCCAAAGAUUUUGGGUUAAAUCGAUUUGGGAUUUCUUUGGAUUUAAGAUGCGAGUCACCAGAUGGACUCCGUCCUUCUCCGGUGACCGUGACUCCCCUUUUGCUCCUGUCUGGGUCAAGCUAGACGGACUUCCUAUUCACCUUCAUGAUCUGCGAGCUCUUUCUUGCAUUGCAAGCCUGCUGGGGAGACCGAUUAGAAUUGAUGAGCCUACUGCUACCUUUUCUAGGCCAUCGACUGCUAGAAUUUGUAUUGAAAUAGACAUUUCGAAACCUCUCCCAUCUAAUAUCUGGAUUAACAAUGGUGAUUCCGGCUUUUAUCAGUCUGUUCUUUAUGAAAAUUUGCCUAUGUUCUGCUGCAACUGUUCUCGAUUUGGCCAUUCUAAAUGCCCUCCUUUAGUUACUGUUUCUCAUACAAAGGCAGUUCUUGUUGACACUUCUGCCCCAAGUGAUAUUGCCCCAGUUAAACUACCUCUAGUGGUUGAUUUGUAUAACUCAGGCCCUGUUGAAGCCUUAAAUAAGGAGAAAACAGUUGUUGCCUGUUCUGAUUUUGAUGCAGCUAUUGAUACUAUGCCUGUUGCGUUUGAUGCCCCGGAUGUUUCUGUUCUUGUUGAGGUUGGGUACGCUUCUGGUUUCAAUGCCGGAAAUGUUUGCAUGGCCCCUGGAACAGAAAUUAUUACUAGCUAUGCCGUUGAUGCCCCGGUUGAUAUUUUGCCUGUAGAUAUUGAUUUUAUUGAGGCUAUUUCUGUUGAAACACCAGCUACACAUAACACAUGUUGAGUGUGAUGCGCCCUCGUUGUUUGUCUGCGAUAAUGAAACUGAGCAGAAAGUUGGAAAUGAAGAACCAAGUUCUGAUCCUUCUUAUGAAAAUGAUAUGGAUUGUACUACACUUGAUCCUCCCUUGUCCGGUGAUGAUACGUUAUCUGAGGACACCCCUAUUACUAAUCUUGCUCUUUCAGGUCAUCCACCAGAUGAGGAACACGAUGGCUUUACACAGGUGAUGACAAGGAAAAAUAAAAGCAAUUGCAUGAAGCCUAACAGAACCCUUGAAGGUGCGCAACUCUUUUACGAGGUGGGCUAUUCAUCACACCCCAUGAUCACAAGAAGUCAGUCCAGAUAUCCUCAACAUGAAGACGACUAUUACAUUUACCCAGUUGAUGCGAGCUUGGAUUCACCACAAAAGCUUGCUGCGGCCCUCCAACGUUACAAGUCUUCACGCCCGGAAGCAAAGACCUAUCAACACUAUCUCCGAAAGGCAAUUCAAUUUCAUAACAGAUAUAACAGAUCCAUUUCAUCUACCGUCGGGAUCCCCUUUAAGAACUUCAACUGUUAAAUUUCUGCAAUUUUUUACUAUUGCUCUCGUUUGUACGUUUUUAUCUUGUAACCUCAACUUUCACUUUUAUUAAUAAAUUUGGGUAGUGUUCCCCGGCACUCCCGCCACCACGUGUGGUUUACUCCGGGCAAAAAAAAAAAAAAAUUAUUAGAAAAUGACUUCACUAAAA